AUGGCCGGCCGUGAGUCCGAGAGCCAGGACCUCGCCGCAUCUUUGCAGGACAAUGAGGCCAACCCUGCGGAGGAGGAGCAGCUCGUGGACUCCAGGACGCCUGCUCGCGAGGCGCAGCUGGGGGCGCCGGAGUUCGCGCGGCGCUGGGCGCGGCGCGCGGCCGGCGUGGCGGCACUGGGUCUCAUGGUCUUCGCCGUGGCGCCCAAGCUGGGCCUGCCGGUGGGUGCCAAGUCCACGGAGUUCUUGGAAGGCGUUGGCGGGGAAGCCUGGCACACGCUCGAGUCAGAGCUGGAUGCGUCCAAAGAGCUGCCGACGGUCGGCCUCGCCCACAUCAGCCCGGCAGCCGGCCAGGUGCUGUGCGUGAUCGACGUGGCCCAAGCCGUGGCACGCGUGAUGCUGACGGGCACGUUCAUCAAGUUCUCCACGGUGGCCUGCGACUUUGACAGGAUCCAGGCUGUCAAGAAGCGCCCGGUGAGGAACGACGAGCGGGAGACGUGCGCCUCCGGCAUCUUCGGCAUCCUACUGUCGGUGGAGCUUGGCAUGGGUGUGAUCGCCUCCUCCAUCUCUACGUGCUCGGGCUCACUGAACGUCCCUGCGAAUUGCGCCGCGAACAUCGGCGCUUUCACAGGCGGCCUUUCUGUGCUGAUGCAGUCGACUCUCUCCGCCGACCUGAUCUGCAACAAAGGCGUCAAGGCCGGCAAGCUGACCCCAGAAGCCAAGAUCGACGCCGUGGUUUCUGCUGCUACGACAGGUAAGAUCACCAAGCAGAAGAAGCAGGUCUCGAAGAGUGUGUACCAGUAUCUCAAGAAGGCCGGCGUCGACGUGAGCACUCUGCCAGUGCCACCGGCGGUGGCGAACGAUGCCGUGUACGGUGCAGUUGCCAGGUGCGUGGCCCAGCUGGACUUGGGUGCCACCUUCGUCAUGAGGUUUGCCAUCAUCUUGGCGGACACCACCAUCCACUGCACCCCAGGAGUCGUGGAAACCGAGGGCCGCGUUUGCGCGGUGGACAUCACAGGCAUCCUCGCCGUGCUGAGCCUGUCCGUCCGCUUCUUCUCCCUGGCCAGCAACUCGUGCGUGAACAUCGUGGGCCGUGCGGACAAGGAUGCCAACUGCGUGGCCGCCUGCUCGGGCAUCACCGGCUCCACCAUGGCCAUGACCUCCUCGGGCAUGAACUUGGACGCUGCCUGCCGCAAGGCCUUUGGCAAGUGGGACCCGGACGCCUGGCCAAGCCAGCUGGGGCCUGUCAGCGCCUCCGGCCAGACCCACGGCGAGGAGCUCCAUGUCCCUGCCAGGGAUGGCAACACCAUCAUCGCAGAGCCGUGA